ACUUGAUUACAUGCGACUGUUGAAUCGAGACACACUGGAUAUUUUACGUGCAUAUCUUUUUUAACAGCGGGAUAUGGCCUGAUAAUAUUACACCCGUCUUCACGUUCCAUUAAAUAUUUCGCAUUUCCUUCAAUGUGCAUGGAUUUAUACCUUCUGGAUUGAGAAUAUAUGCAUCGAUAGGUAGGGCAAAGCCAAACGAAUGUUGACCACCUACUCCACCGUCAGCACUCCCUAACCCAAAGGAACUCCCGAAUGAUUUCCUUGGUGAGGACAGUACGGGUCAAAGAAUGGCCGGACGACUACAUGUAUGCACGAGCCUCAGAAUGGGAGGAGAAAUACCCCGCGGCCGCGGGUCAAUCUCAGUCACCAAUCAAUCUGGUAUCCAACAACGCAAAGUUUGACCCAGUUCUCCUGGAGAGACCUUUGGCAAUAAAUUAUUUCACAUCACGUGAAACUGACAUCCUUAAUGACGGUCACAAUGUCAUCAUCUUCCCAAAAAAUCGCGGGGUGGAAACCUCAAUACGUAUGGACCCCUCUGCUCGCUCAGUAGUAUCUGGAGGGCCCCUACCCUCGGGAUCGGAGUACGAGCUGUCCGAUAUCCGGUUUCACUGGGGCCGCUACAGCACCAGGGGAUCAGAACACAAAGUCAAUGGGAAGGCGUUUCCCAUGGAGGUACAGCUUGUUCACUGGAAUGCCACCAUGUACCCAAACUUUGAGGAAGCUGUUGGAAAGGAAAAGGGAAUCUGCAUCAUGUCGCUGUUUGUGCAGAUUGGAAAGGAAAAUAUGGGUAUACGGGCACUUUUCCCAGAAAGUCUUGCUGAGAUUGCUUAUAAAGGACGUCAGAAGACAACCAAUGCGCCAUUUAAUCCUGUUGGUUUAUUACCAGAACCAGAUCUUCGAGAUUACUGGACAUACGAGGGAUCACUGACAAUGCCGCCAUGUUUUGAAGGUGUCACGUGGAUUCUUUUCAGAUAUCCCAUGAUGCUAUCGGCAGAACAGAUCGACGAUUUCAGAAGGUUAUACAUGUAUUCCAAAGAUCAGAGGCCCUCUAACGGUUGUGAAGGGCGACUACUGGACAACUUUCGGCCUGUUAAGCCACUGAACGGAAGAGUGGUACGAGCCUCUUUCCAAUGACAUUAUAUUAUAGAUAUCGAACAUUAAAUAUCCGUAUGUAAUUAACAUUCCUAUUUAUUAAGUAUUUAAGAUAUUUGUAUUUAUGCUGUCAUUUGAUCAGCUUUCAUGAGUUGAAUGCUUUACAGUACGAGAUUGCUGUGACGUUGUUGGCUUUGACUUUAUACAGCCUGCCUUAUUUUCCACCGCGAUCGCUAUUACUUCCUUUGCUUUCUUAUGUAUACUUGUAAGAGAUGGGGUAUAUUUGCUUAUUUUCUGGUGUAUUUAGGUUUACGGAAAGAAAUAUAAUCUGGUUACAGUAUGGAACACCGUCUCAUUAAAGUAUCAUUGUUGUCAGGAUUUAAACUUUUUGUGAACUUCCACAGUAGAAUUUGAAAAUAAAUGUUCUAAGUUUUCUUAUCUAAAGCUCUAUCAUGGUAUUUUUAUCAGGCAAACUUCAAACUAUUUUUCAUUCAAAAGAUUUGUUUAAUAUAUUCUUUGAACUUUUCCACGAUUGCAACCUAAAGGCUUUCGUUGGGUAACAUGAUAAUUAUAUCGAGGGCGUUGCAUGUACUUGUACACAGAUGUGCAUGAUUGAAAAUAUCAAAGUCGAGAAAAAUGCACUCGGCUUGGACUCAGUAUUAAUUACUGGGCAACAAAUCGUGUAUUUCCAUCACAGAUUCGAGUACAACCCAACCAUAAUGGCCACAAGACAUGUUACUGUUAACUUUUUGACAAUGACACUGUUUACAUAACAGAAAACGUUACAUAUGUACGUAAUCUUUCUAGCGGCGGUAGUGUUUGUAAGCAAAGGUUUCAAAUUGAAUAUUCCUGUUGUGUCAAGUGAAUAAAGGAAAUGCAUAUUUAAUAUGUAAAAAUGUUGUAGUGUUGAUAUCUAGAAUCAUGUUAUAUAAACAUUUAUGAAUUCCA